AUGGAUUCCAUCGACAUAUCAUGCGGCGUCCUGACGCUCCUAACGAGCGCAAUCCAGGCUGGCAAAUCUCUACAUGAGACGAUUCAGUCCUUUCGAAAUUACGAGCGGACGAUACGGGAUCUACGCUCCGAGCUCGAGUCGCUCAUACAGGUUCUUGAAUCUCUCAAAAAUGUCAUUACUGAUGAAGGGCCCAUUGUCUCUAUGCUGAAGCUUCCGGUACUGUGUUGCCACCAGACUUGCCAGGAGUUUAAUGCCGUCAUCAUAAAGUGCACUAAACAUGCGUCUGCUGGCUCGCGAACGAGCUUCAGAGACUGGGCUCAGAUCAGAUACAUGGGUGGCGAUAUCAGAGAUUUUAAAGACAUGCUAUCCGGCUAUAAAUCUACCAUUGCUAUUGCUCUUGGUAGCCUUAAUAUGUUCAUGAUUCGAGAGACAACAGCCGAUCUUGAGGUUCAUCUCCAGAGCAUCGACGACAAAUUAGCUGCCCUGGCCGACCAUCCGCGCUCUGAGCCUGACCCUAAUGCUGCAUUGACUGUCAAGCGAAUGGAGGAAGAAAGGCAAAGUGCUCAGCAGUGCAUCCUCAUCUGCGAGAGUGCAAAGUCUCAUAUCCAGUCCUUGCAAGACAACAUGCAGCGUUUGGAUGCUGAACCAAACCAGGAUCGUCGCCAGACAGCCGUUGCGCUAAGCGAGGCCAGAGACAGAAUGGUACUCAUGAUUACCGACUUGCAAAAACGGCUAGUCGACCUAUCGGCGAAGUCACUAAGUACAGAGGUAUCAUUGCGGUCCGAUGAGUUUGAGCAGGAUCGGGCUCGACUCCUAAAGGAGAUUGAUACAGCCAAGCAAUGCCUCGAGGUUUGUAACAUGGCGGCCGACCAAGCCUCCAGGCAGAGAGUACACGUCUUUGGUGACGUUUCCGCCGAGGACAACAGCCAGCAGAUUAUCGUAUCGACUGUAGGAGACCUCCUAAACGCGAAGAACAUAAAGGUUGGAAGUUUUUCCUCGCAGUGGUUGGGAUCUAUGACAGAUACCUCUCUACAACAAUUGUCUAUGGACCGAACGGCGCAAUACAUCAAUAUCAAUGCAAGAGAAAGCGAUCCGUCUUUUGGUGGUAGAUAUGGCUCAGGGUAUAGAUUGAAUGAAAGGGGCAAGCAGUCAGCCGUUGGUGUUGGACGUACGAAAUAGUAGUGGUAGACUACGGAAUUGGCAGAUUAGGAUGCCCAAGCAUUAGUACUUACUUUCACUUUGGAUAUCAAUAAGGCCGGGAAUGGGCAAAGACCUGACACCACUCAAGAAUAGGCGUAUGCCAAGGGGGAGAAGAAGAGGGAAUUAUUAAACAAUCAGUACACAUUUCUCAGCUUUGCAUACAUGUACCCUAACAACACUAAAGUCAUCUAGCACUUACUACUGCUAUUACUGCUACUACUUCUAUUACUUCUACUACUUCUACUACUUCUACUACUUCUACUACUUCUACUACU